AAGAUGGCGGGAAAUAGGAAAUUUUGCGACUGCUCAUGGUUUCGUUAGAUUCAAAAUACUUUUGUUUGAUUUACCAACAAGGUUAAUAUCAGGAAGAUGAAGUUUAGAGGAAAGAUAGUUGAUAUUGGAUGUAUUCAACACUUCACAAAGGUUGUUGGUACUGUGUCAAAACUAAUCAAGACUUGCAUUCUACGGAUCACCCCUGACAAGGUCUACUUUAUUCUCUCAGAGCAAGCAGUCAAUGGAGGAAUUCAGAUCUGGUGUGAACUUCCCCAGGGGAACUUCUUUGAUGAAUUUGCAAUGGAUGGUUUGUCUGCAGAAGCAAACGAGAUCUACCUGGAACUAACACCUGAGAACUUGCUCCGUGCCAUGAAAACAGCCCAGACUGCAAAGUGGGUCAAGAUAAAAUUGACCAAGAAGCACAGUCCUUGCCUGACGGUGGAAGUAGAUCUGCCAACAAUCGGAUCACACCAGCGGCUGGUGACACAUGACAUUCCCGUUCAUGUUGUACCCCGGAGACACUGGCAGGACUUUGAUGAACCAGAGAUGCCCCAGUUCGAUGUGAGCAUCGCCAUGCCUCCCAUCAAGUUGUUGAGGAAUGUUGUGGACAAGAUGAAAAACCUCAGUAAUACUAUGGUUCUCUCGGCCAAUCAGAAUGGAGAGAUGAGAUUGAGUGUGGAGACGGAUAUGGUUUCUAUCAGCACACAUUUCCAGGACCUACAUAACCCCACAUGGAGAAGAGAUGUUGAGAAUGCAUCUCAGAGAAGUCUGCAAGAUAGGAAUGAGAGAGACUUUUCUGAAGCAAAAAUCGACAUCCGUAGGUUUGCCCAGUUCCUGUCAGGACAGCAGGUGAACCCAACGAGGGUCAUAUGCAAUAUUGUUGACAAGAGGAUAGUUCACAUCUUCAUGAUGCAUGAAGAUGUGUCGCUGCAGUACUUCAUGCCAGCCAUCAGUUCAUAACUUGAUCAUAACUUGUUCAUCAGUAUUAUCUCAGUGUGUACUGAGUAGAAGGAAAAACAGUGUGGACGCAUGUAUUGUCUUGAACCAUUGUUUGAGCAGGAGGUAAGGAUUUCUUCCGUCAGACACCCGUGUUGUCCUCAGCCAUUAUUUUGGUAGAAGAAAUCAUCUUCUCUGGACACCUGGGUUGUCUUCAGCCAUUAUUUUGGUAGAAGAAAUCAUCUUCUCUGGACACCUGGGUUGUCUUCAGCCAUUAUUUUGGUAGAAGAAAUCAUCUUCUCUGGACACCUGGGUUGUCUUCAACCACUUUCUGUGUCGAAGUCAACGAACUCUUACCUGAUUCGUCUUCAACAUGUGAGUAGAAGGAAAGAAACUAUCCCAUGAGACAAACGAUGUUGUCUAAAUGAUAGAGUUGAAGGCAAAGAACUUUUACCAUUGAACAUUGUGACCCUCAAGCAUUCUUUGAGUAGAAGACAAGAAACUUUACCAUCGGACACCUGUGUUGAUGUCAACUAUUAUUUGAGUGAAGAAAUAUGAACCUACAGGAACUGACUUUAGUACUGACGAUAGACAAAUUAGGAAUAUUGUUCUUUCCUAUGAGUGUUUGAAAGUUGUUAUUUGUGUAUAAUGUAUAAAUAAAUUAUUUUUUUAUCAUA